AUGGUGAUAAACCCGUCUUUGGUCGCCGUGUCCAAGGGAAUUCCGUCAAAAGGGUCUCAUUUCCCACUCAUUUCCAGCAACCUUGCCAUCAACUAUCAGUACAACAUCGGCGUCAUCCUCGCUCUCGUCGGAAUCCCCGCAAACCUCUUCCACAUUCUUGUGCUCACUCGCCGGAACAUGAUGACGUCAUCGACGAACAUCAUCCUGCUCGGCAUUGCCGUCUGCGACGUCCUCAUUCUUCUGGCGCUUCUGGAAGUUGCCUACGGCUUCUACAUGCUUCAAUUGUCCAUCGGGCAGCGUGGAUGCAUGCCGCCAGACUCGUAUUUUCGAAUGCAACUCGAUGAAGUCACACGUUUUCUGUCAAACGCGACCAGAAGUCUGUCCAUCUGGCUCGGUGUCGCGCUCGCCGUCAUUCGCACGUUGAUCGUCAGGAAUCCAAUGAAUAUCAUGUAGGAUGUACAUCUGAAAUUCAUACUUCUAGACUAAAACCCCCGUCCAGAAUCGGCCAAUUGUCCUCGACGCCUUCCGGCUGGAUCGUUCUCCUGCUCACCGCCCUCCUUUGCUUUCCCCUCCCGAUGCUCGCCUUCUUCGAGUACACAAUCCAACCGUACAACGACUGGAAACCGCCGACGGCUUGCAACGGAUUCCCGGGCAACUACACCGUCACCAGGUACUACAAGAACGAGAACGGAUGGUUCGCGCGGGAGGAUGUGAUCGAGUGGGAACUGAUUGCCGACGGACUCGUCAACCAGUUCAUCCCAUGCGUUAUCCUUCCGUUGAGCAGUCUUCUGCUCGUUUUCGAGCUGCACAAAAUGAAGAGGAGCGGAAUGAAAUUGAGCUCCGAGCACAGGUAAUCAUCGAGCAGAAAGAAAGUGCAAGAUGAGAGUUGAUUUCAGUUCGAAACGCGCGCGCACCACUAAACUCGUACUCUUUAUGACCAUUUCGUUUUUGGUGGCUGUCGGCCCGAUUGGAAUCAUCACUUUGCUUCAGUCAUGGUUGAUCGAACAGCCUGGAAUUGUGUAAGGAGAUUUUUCAAGCAUUUGUUAACAAAUAGAAAGAUAAUAUUAGGCUCUAGAACAUUAUAGUUGACCACUCGGCAUGACUAAACUUCUGCGCGAAUAGCUCGGUUCCUGAGCAUGUGUCAAAAGAAAUGGUCAACUACAAAGUUAAAGAGCAUAAAAUUACCAAUCAAUUUGUUUUUUAACAUUCACAAAAUCUUCAAAAUCAACCGAGUUAUUGUCAUUUUAAACUUCAGGCAAACCCUCAGCUUUGCCGGAGUCAUUUUCAAGCUGAUCAUGUCGUUCAACGCCACCAUUCACUUCAUUCUCUGCUUUUUCAUGUCCAAUCACUAUCGGGAGACCGUGAAGGGAAUGUGCAGCCGAAAGGUAAAACGACGAGGGAGCCACAAACGAAUUGAACUUUUUGCAGAGACUCGAAUUUUCCGUCGAUCAACUGUUCACGGUGACGCAGGCAAAAUCAGUGGACAACUGA